AUGAUCACCGGUUUAUUUCUAAUCAUUAGUAUUUUCGCAGCCACGCCAUUGCAGGGGAGGCCCAGUUUGGUACCACAGGUCAAACUGGGGGCGGUACAAUGCGAAUUUCCAUCGCAGUUAAGGAAACCUGGGGCGGGGUGCAAGAUUUCCCUACAAAUAGUCGUAUUUCUUUCACAUACUCCGAAAUCUUGGGAGGGAGAUUACAAAUCUUAG